ACGUUUUUAGACAUGGCGAAGAACAUCGGUAGCAUCCUCCUGCUAACAUUUGUACUAUCGUUUGUACGAGCAGACGAGCACGAACGACGACGAAACACGCCACCGGAAUUAACGCCGGAGUCAGUCGUCAAAACGUCAAGUGAUGAAGAAUCCGAGACGCGAUUCCUCUCCUUCAACCCUGUCACGGCGACUGUCAGUUUAAAUGCAGGGCGCAACAAUGCGCAUUCUGUCAGUCUGGGCGCAAGUCUCGACGGUAUUAGCCUCUCGGAAAGUAACAAUUACAAUCAUCCUACAAGGUAUGGAAUUGAUGGAUCUCCCGUUUCCGUGAGUAAAUCUGCGUCUGUUGCCGCAGGAUUAUCAGGAAUCUCUACGGCAGGCGCGAAAGCUUAUAGCGACGGUAGCAAUGUCAAAACCGAAAGCCAUUCGCACAGUUUCGGUCAAGCAACUGCAACUUCUUUUGGAAUAGUUGAAAAUGGACGUGCGAUUACCGGUGCUGCGUCUUCCGUUGGUGCCUCGCAAUCCUCUGCAACCGGUGGUAAUCGAGAACAAUUCUUCUCGCAAACUGAUGCAGUCAGUGCGCAACAUCCGUAUCGACCGAUAUGGAACAAUGUUGGUCCAAGCAAUGGGCACAAUGAUCAACGUUUUAAUCGACCUACGUUGAUCAUUCGGAAACCAUAUGAUGGAGCACGACCGACAUUGCAUAUCGAUGCGUAUGGCUCAUCCAGACGAGAAGAAAAGCCGACGAUUCAUAUCCACAAAUGGCAACCUGAUCGCCGAAUAUUUUCCCGGCCAGGUCUAACAAUCGAACAUCAACCGCGCGACUCAUGGAAUGAUCGAACUCGUGAAUCGACGAACCUUCGUGAAUAUACUUCACGGAACUCUCAAAGUUGGGAAAGUGCAUCUUCCAAACAUGUUUCUAGUGGUUCUUUCGGUGAAGACAAUUCCAAGGGUACAUCGACCUCGGGACGCCAAGGUGGGAAUUCCAUGACACGGGUCAACGCUCAAGCAAUCGCGUCGUCCGAAGAAGAAUUCUUCCCUAAAGGUGGGAGUGCGCAAAGUCAGAUUAUACCAUUGCAAUACGUCGGAAGCAAAGAUUCUGAGCGAAGACAACCCGACAGUGAUAUAUUAUCUGAUCUCGCGGAGACUAUUGGCGAAUUCUUCGACGUUUUAUGAUAAAAACGAAAAGAAAUGUUAAAAAAAAUUAAUUAUUUAUACAAUUUAUUUUAUAUCAGUUUAAUUUUUGUUCAUUAUAGAUAUUUUUCUUUUCAUUGUGUAAUCAAUCUCAGCGAUCGAUUAAAUUUAUAUCUUGUACGCUUCUCUUCUCUGCAAUAUUUUUCAUCAAUAAUAAAUCAUAAAACUUUAGAUUUGAUAAUAUCGAUAUUAUAUAAUAAUCGAUAUUUUCUUAAAUUUUCAAUAACUGUAUAUAUAUUCUUUUUUGCAAAAAUUUAUUUUAAAUUAAUUUUUUCUGUUCAGCUUCAAUUUAUGUUACUAUUUAUAUUUUCCAUGACAAAAAAAGGAUGAAAUGUCGGAAGUGGCUACAAAUGACAGCACCAAUUGAGUUACGUUAGUAAUUACCAUGCGUGCGAUUCAUGAUGUCAUUUAUUAUUCCUUCUCUCACUUUAAAAUUCUGUGCCCCUCAUCGUGUUUCCCGGAAAAUGAUUCGCGAGAAGAUAAGUUGUAAUGUGAAAAUGUAAACUUCGCAUAAUGCAAGAUCAAAGGAAUCAAAAGAAAAUAAUUUAAUAAACCUUUAGUUUUCUAUGAGAAAUUUAAUAAACGUUGGAUUAUUACAUUCUCCAUUUAGAAAAUAUCCGAAGAAAGUAAAAAUGUAGAAGUGAAAUAUUGAGAACUCUAAAUAUUUUCUGUUCAUGUGCACACAAAUAAUAAAGCUGUUACAUUUCUGCGCCUAUAUCCAUAAUUCAUAUUUUAUAAAAUGCCUGUCACA